AUGUUGAGAAGAAUAGUUGACAGAAACCUCAGGUCGAGAUCAUCUAUAGCCCGGUGCUGUUCAAUUGGGCCUUUAGUAUGUGGUGGUACGAGACAAUUGGCAACAUCUACGCCCGAUGGUGCACUGAAACCGAAGGAAGUAUAUACCAAGCUAUCUGAUUUGGAUGAUCCUGCAAGAAGCAAAUUUUUCCAGUAUUCUUGGGGCUCUUGGCUUCAGAACGAUAAACUUCAGAAAAAACAACGGGAAACUGUGUUUUCUAUAGAAGGACUUACCUCGUUUCUUCAUGAGAUAAAUACUCUUAGAAGCAGUAGUACAACACCUGAAGCGCCAAAAGAGCACAAGGGAAUAUUUGUUCUACAGAAUAAUGUAACCGACGAUAUUGUUGGAGAUAAGGAAAAUAGCCCUUUGGUCAAGUCGAUUUCUUCAAUUCACGAGGGAAAACACCACCGAAUUUAUAAAGUCAGCUUAGCCAAUGGGAAAGAAUUGGUAUUGAGGAUUCCUUACAAGUUAGAUUCCGAUGCAGCAAUUGCCUCAAAGAUUCGAAGCGAGGUUGCAACGAUGGAUUUUUUGGAUUUAAAGUUGAACUUAAAUGUGCCAAAGGUAGUUGCAUAUGGACCAACGAGAAAUAAUGAAAUAGGAUCUCCCUUUAUGCUUCAGGAGUUUAUUGAGGGGGAAUUGUUAAUGAAGAAAUGGCAUCCCUUGGAAGCCGACUCAGAGAAGACUGAAAGUAAUUUGAAACAAGUCAUCGAUCCUAUUGCCAAAUUUCAGGAUAAGGUUUUACUGCCGACUUUCACCAAGUUUGGAUCAUUGUAUUUCUAUAAUGACGUUAGUCUACAGCUACAGGAGCAAGAGCCAUACGAGGGGGAGACAAAUGAAGCUUUGGCCAAAAGAUGGAGGAUAGGCAAAAGUGUUGAGAAACACUUUACCAAGGGCAAAAAUAAAUUACCCCAGGGCGUGAUUGACGAGCACAGUGGUCCAUGGGACGCAUCUAAUCCCUUGGAAGUGAUGUCUUCUGUUGCAAAUAUUGAAUUAGAAAAUGCAAAACAUAAAUUGGCCAUUGUCGAUGCAGAUGCUGGAGAUGUUGCUGAGAAAAAGGACCUUUUAAAAGACCAAAUUACAACGUUUGAGCAUUUAAAGCAAAUCACGCCAAAGCUACUUAAUCCCAAAUCCAAAUCCAUCAAAAAUGUUGAGAAAUUGUUUCAGCCAAAACUUUAUGUACCUGAUUUGGAUCCUUUGAAUGUGAUUGAUUCUACAAAAGGUGAACCGUAUUUUAUUGAUUUUGAAGGGUCAACUAUUAAGCCUUUUGUAUUGACGAGCUAUCCAAAUUUUGUCGCAUACCAUGGAGCAAAAGUCUACAACUUAAAGGAAGAUAUUCCCGGGUUCGAUGAGAUGGAUCCAGUGGAAAAACAACAGUAUGAGUUUAUGUAUUACAAAACGAGAAACGAAAGGCUUUGGGAAGUUGAGUUGAACAAAAACAGACACGAAUUGAUUGCCAUUGCGUCACCUCAUUUGAAGGUACUCAAAUCGCCAUACUUGCAAGCACUUGAUCUUAAGCAUCCAAAGGACUACCUCUAUGUUGAAGGUUCUAUCAUUCAGUUGCAGGCGAUGUGGGAAGCUUACGUAGCCAAUGAGCUUGCCAAUCAAGAUAGCAACGAUAAAGAGUUCCCCGUCAAAUAUGAUGAAACAUUUUUAGACCAACAUCAGCUGAAGUUGAGUGAGCACCAAUUAGAAACAGUUUCUAGUCCAUUCGGCGCCACAGGUGGUUGGUUGCCUCAAGAUAUGUUUGACACUUUGAAACAGCAGGGUAUCAUUGUUGAUAUUGGCGAUGGCAAUUAUAAGAUUGAUACUGAGCCAGUAUUGAAAGAACCUUUGAGCGAAGCGAGAUAG